AUGGGUCUCGUUUUAAGUCUUCUAUUUCCGGAACUCAAAAACAGCGGUGGUGGUGGAGGAGCGGUGUUGUACAAUAGUGGAAAAGUGAGUUUUAGGGUCCCUUGUGGCGAAAUUUUUCAAAAUUCUACUAAUUUCAGGACAACAAAAGCGUUGAUUCAUCAGGUUUCAAAUAUUUGCCACGCGAUGGUCCGCCCACAAUUUUGGGUCCCACACCGGGAAAUGUGCCGCAGAAGAAUGUGGACAAAGCGUUGACGUAUCGUCCGCCAGCGGAUACGGUAGGCCGGGAAUUUUCGGCGCGAAAUUUUGAAAUUCAAAAUUUUUUUUGCAGGAAGCUCGAGCUCAAAGUGACUCUUCGAAAUAUGAUACGAUUUGUAUGACACCUGAGGUUGAUUGGGAGAAAAGGAAGGGAGAAGUCACGAAGAAAUGA